AGCUCGGGCCUGCGGGACCGCCCCGGGCCGCGAUGUACCGCCGGGAGAAGAGCAUCGCGCUGCGCAGCAGCUCCUCGGCCCUGUACAACAACCUGAGCGUGCUCCGCCCGCCCCACAAGCCGGUGGUCUACCUCGGCGCCGUGCACGGCCCCACCGUGACGGUGGUCAGCGCGGGCGGGGAUGCGGCGGGCUGCGCCCAGCGGCAGCUGCAGGCCCGGGCGGGCGGCGGGGCCACGCUCAUCACGCAGGCUGCCUGGUGUGUCCUGCCGGCGCGCAUCCUGCUGGUGCUGACCUCUCAGAAAGGCAUCCAGAUGUAUGAGUCAGAUGGAUCCAUCAUGGUGUAUUGGCACGCACUGGACGUCACAGAGCAUCCUCCAGCACAAGCCGUGUUUGCCCGAGGGAUCGCUGCAGCUGGUGAACGUUUCAUCUGCGUGGGGCUGUCCUCUGGGAUGGUGCUGGUGUUCGACGUCCCCCACAAAGGGACCAACAUCACGGUGAGCGAGGUCCUGAAGGAGCACCACGACGCCAUCACCGACAUCGCGGCCGAGCUGGGCCAGGCGCCGGAUGGGGCCGGGGACCUGGUGACCGCCGACGACGCCGGGACCCUGUGCGUGUGGAGCUCUGGAGAGGAAUUCUCCUUGCUCAACAGGAUCCCAGGCUUUGGCUGGACCUGCUCCUCGGUGAAGCUGUGGAACGGGAUCAUCGCUGCUGGCUACGGCAACGGGCAGAUCCGGCUGUACGAGGCAGGGACCGGCAUCCUGCGUGCCGAGGUCAGCGCGCACGCUCGCUGGAUCUACGCGCUGGACCUGGCGCCAGUGACGGGGAUGCUGCUGUCGGGUGCAGAGGACUCCUUCGUUCACGUCUGGAAGCUCGGCAGGAACCUGGAGACUGAUGACGUCGAGAUCGAGCACUGCCACGCUGAGUGCGUCACCGACACCCAGAUCUGCGGCGCCCGUUUCUGCGACCCCGAGGGAAGCUCCUUCGCAGUGACCGGCUACGACCUCAGCGAGAUCUUCCGCUACAGCCAGGUGUAGGCGUGGGGCCGGCCAGGGCAAAGUGGGGCUGCAGCGGGGAGAGCUGGGCUGCCGGCACCCCUCCCACUUCCAGCGCAGCGCUGUGCCCCAGCAUUGGGGGAUGCUGCACGCAGGUGGAGCUGAGAUCAGUCGCUCCCAAAGCAACCCUGCCCUCGGCGUGGCAUGUCUGCGCACGGGGAGCACGGGCUGGGAGCCACGCUGGCUCCAUGGGGCCCAGCUCUGCAGCACCGUGGGUCCCUGGGCCAGAAGCUGCCCCACACCCCCUCCUGAGCCCUCCCCAGGGGAAGGAGGCAGCCGAGGUGACGUGGCUGAGCGGCAGCGGAUCCACUGCAGGCUCUGGUAGCGGCAUUCCCGUCCGUUCCCUGGGGGGAGGAGCAGAACUGGCUCCCCUCUUCCCCACGGCACCUCUCCUUCAGACACGAAAGGAUCCAGGGCAAACCAGUGCUGCACGCCGCUCCAGCCGAGUGGGCCGCAGCAGCCGGUCCCACCCCGGGCGGCCGCACCCACGGGUGCCGCAGCGUUCUGCGGGCCGCCCUGGCUCGGGGCACACACUCAGCAGGGCAAGGCGAGGCCUCACGCCCUGCCAGCUCCCAGCAGGACCGCCGUGCUUAGCAGCCAGCUGUGCGGGGCUGCAGCUGUGCUCCUGCCCUGGAAAAAGCAGAGGCGGCCGCGCUGCGCUGCGCUGUGCUGGGACGGCCGUGUGCCCCAGGGACAGGCUGCGAGGUCACCGCGCAGAGCUGCGCCGCGCCAUGGCCCUGCCGUCACCCCGUGGGCUGUGACCCGGCCCCACACGGGGCUGUGCUGGAGGGGGAGGCACGCUUUGUGCUGGAGUUCCCCCCGUGCUGCCACCGCCUCCCCCUCUGUGUCCCGGGCGGGACUCGGCCACGUCCCAGAGCUCCGUGUCCCAGCGCCCUUCCCUGCCGGCUGCUCCGUUCCCAGGGCCCUGUGGGGCAGGGGAUGCGUGGGGGACUCGGGGGGAGCUCGGCCCUGCUCAGGCCGCUGCUUGGCAGGCAGGGUGGGAGCUUCCUGCAGCUCCCGGGUCCGGCAGGGCCCUGCGGGAGCUUCCUGCAGCUCCCAGCAGCGGUGGGAUCCGGCCCGGCCCUGGGCCAGGCUGCUCCGGCUCCCGCCGUGCCGUGAGAGCCUCACCAAUGGUGGGGGCCCUCCUGCCCCACAGCCCACGGACCCCACGUGCCCCAUUCCCCCCAUCACCACUGUGCCCCAGUGCCCAACCCCGUUCAUGUCACAGCCCCGUGCUGCCCUCCCAGCCGUGCUCCCCCCGUAUGGCCUCACCCCCCACCCCGACGUGCACCGUAUCCCACCCCCAAUAAACACACCCGGCCCGAGCCCCGUCGUGUCACCGCCACCCGUGCUGGGUGCCGUAGCGCUGCGGUGGCGAUGGGGAGGCGUGGGGCCAUCCCGUUACAAAAGGUUUUAUUAAAGGUUAAAAUCAAC